CCGUGUGAUCGCGAUUUGGUAGGAAACCUGCGCCCGUGCGCGCUAUUAGAACGUUUCUGUCUUGUUCCUCCCCUCGUUUUUGGUUUCAAAUUUUGCUGCUCCUGUGACGCUGCCGGCGACGUCUUGUCAAUUAUCGGCCAACUGGCUUCCAGGAUUCAAGAAUCUUCGUGUUUCAAAAUAUCUUAGAACCUACUUUUCACUCUCUUAGAGAGAGCAGAAACGCACACUCGUUCUAUCCCUAGCGGACCCAAAGUCGCGCUGUCCUUGCUAUCCAGCAAUAUUCUAUCACCUCUAUGUAUUCUGUUAUCUAUUUUUUCCUUGCAACUGUGGUUUCCUCCCUCGUCGUUCCCCAGGUCGAUGCACGACACUCAUCAUCCUCCAACUCUCACGCAAGGCGAUCUUUGGCAUUCAAGAACAGAGCUCCUGAUGACAUUUUAGGUGGUCUUGGUGCGCGUUUUCUGUCGUUAUUUAGUUUGGGUAAUGUUCUAAUGAGCUGGUUCUCAGAUGGCAUAUUGAGUGGAAUGGGAAGUGGACUUGCUAUCAAUGCCCCAACGCCCUCUGCGUCCAGCAGUCCGACAGUCUCGUCCCCAGGCACUGGCACGCUUACUACAAGCUCUAGCCCCUCAGCAUCUGCAUCACCGACCAGCUCAUCAUGCAUUGGGCUCUUGGGGCUAGGUUGUGAUCCACCCAUGACUACCCCAUCUAGCUCGCCAACAUCAAUUUCUACCGGGACUGCUGCAUCAUCCAACUCCAACCCAUCAUCUACCACAACGUCAUCCUGCGACGGACUCCUUGGUUUGGGGGUUGGUUGCUCAUCUCCCUCGUCAUCUCCCACUUCGAGCCAACCAGCUUCGAGCACGCCUGCAAGUUCUGGUUCUGUUGCCACCAGUUCGGCGGCUCCUGCUGCAACAUCAUCUUGUAAUGGACUGCUUGGUUUGGGGAUUGGUUGCUCACCUCCCUCGUCAUCUCUCACUUCGAGCCAGCCAGCUUCGAGCACGCUUGCAAGUUCUGGUUCAGUUGCCACCAGUUCGGCGGCUCCUGCUGCAACAUCAUCUUGUAAUGGACUGCUUGGUUUGGGGAUUGGUUGCUCACCUCCCUCGUCAUCUCCCAUUUCGAGCCAACCAGCUUUGAGCACGCUUGCAAGUUCUGGUUCAGUUGCCACCAGUUCGGCGGCUCCCGCUACAACGUCAUCUUGCGAUGGACUUCUUGGUCUGGGGAUUGGUUGCUCAUCUCCCUCUUCAUCUCCCACUUCGACCCAACCAGUCUCAAGCGCGCCUGUAAGUACUGGUUCUGCUGUCUUGAGCUCGGCAGCUCCCGCCACAACGUCGUCUUGUGAUGGACUUCUUGGUCUUGGUCUUGGCUGCCCACCUCCCUCUUCAUCUCCUACUUCGACCCAACCAGUCUCAAGCGCGCCUGUAAGUUCUGCUGUCUUGAGUUCAGCAGCUCCCGCCACAACGUCUUGUGAUGGAUUACUUGGUUUGGGGAUUGGUUGUUCAGCUCCCUCAUCAUUUCCCGCUUCGAGCCAACCAACUUCAAGCCUGCCUGUAAGUUCUGCUGUCCUGAGUUCGGCAGCUCCCGCCACAACGUCUUGUGAUGGAUUACUAGGCCUUGGCCUUGGUUGUCCACCUCCCACUUCGACAUCUACCACUUCAAGCCAACCAGCUUCAAGCCCGUCCGUAACACCUACUUAUCCUACCACUGGUUCGGUCGCUUCCACCACGCCGUCGUCGUCGUGUGAUGGGCUACUUGGCCUUGGCCUUGGUUGCCCACCUCCCACUUCAACAUCUACCGCUUUAAGCCAGCCAACUUCAAGCCCGCCUGUGACUUCUGCUUAUCCUACCACUAAUUCGGUUGCUUCCACCACGCCGUCGUCGUCGUGUGAUGGGUUACUUGGCAUUGGCAUUGGUUGUCCCCUUCCCACCUCAUCGUCUACUACUUCAAGCCAGCUACCUUUGACUUCGCCUGUAACUUCUGGUACUCCUAUCACCACUUCGGUUGCUUCUACCUCAGUAUCGUCAUCUUCGUCGACGACCGCUGAUUGCACUGGGGCCCUGGGUCUCGGAAUUGGUUGCACUCCAUCAUCCACGUCUGGUACAGUGUAAAUUUCAAUCCUAUCGUGCUUGAGACUGUUUGAUCAUACUCCGUUGCAGGACUACUACUACUGCUACUACGAUUGGCACGAGUUCGAGCAAUGGCAUGUCCACAGCAUCUACUUCAUCGACUAUCAUCAACUUUCCAAAUAGUACGACCAUGA